UGCUCUAACCAUUGCUGCAUAGUUGCUUUCAGCGUUGGUGAACAUCUGUGCGACUGUGUAGCACGUACAGCAGGCUGCUCACUCCUCUAUUAUUCAGUUUUCUGCUGUGUACUCCAGAGCUGCGGAGAGGAACGAGCCAAGUUCUGGCUUGGUUGCGGAGAUGGCUAACAGAGGACCCAGCUAUGGCUUAAGCCGGGAAGUUCAAGAAAAGAUUGAGCAGAAGUAUGACCCGGAAUUAGAGUCUAGGCUGGUGAACUGGAUUAUUAUUCAGUGUGGAGAGCAGAUAGAGCAACCUCCGCCUGGGAGGCAACACUUCCAGACCUGGCUGAUGGACGGAACGCUGUUAUGCAAGUUAAUAAACAGUUUACAUCCGAAGGGGAAUGAGCCCAUUGCAAAGAUCUCCGAAUCAAAAAUGGCUUUCAGGCAGAUGGAACAAAUUUCUCAGUUCUUAAAAGCUGCUGAAAUCUACGGAGUAAGAACAACAGACAUUUUCCAGACAGUGGAUUUAUGGGAAGGGAAGGACAUGGCAGCAGUGCAGAGGACCUUAAUGGCUCUGGGCAGUCUGGCGGUGACUAAGGACGAUGGCUGCUACAAGGGGGAUCCAUCCUGGUUUCACAGGAAAGCACAGCAGAAUCGGCGAGGAUUUUCAGAAGAGCAGCUUCGCCAGGGACAGAAUGUCAUAGGCCUUCAGAUGGGCAGCAACAAAGGAGCGUCACAGUCGGGCAUGACAGGCUAUGGGAUGCCGAGGCAAAUCAUCUAAAAGCAUCUGUCUGUAGAGAAAACACUCCUGCAGCAUGGUCUGUUUAAGAAAAAGAAAAGAAAAAAAGAAAAAAAAAGCUCAUUAGGUUCUUCUCUGCCUGUUUUUUUAAUAGUUAGUGCACUCUAAGAUUUGGCAUAUUUUUGGUUUGGUUUGCAUUUUCUUGCAGCUGCAGCUGUUCAUCUAAGAACACGGGUUUUCAUGGUGGUGUGUGUCAUUUCACAGCAUGUGUGCACUGCUGCCUCCUCUUCUUCACUUCUGAACUAUGCAAAGACAAUUAUUCUGUAUUAAUUUAUUUGAAAACUGUUAUCUUCCAUAUUUGUCUCACACCACUCUUAUAUCGCAACCAGUAACCUCGUUCUUCAAUUCAGUGAUGAUAUUGUUUGACCUAAGAAUAAAGACAAAUUAAAACCA